GGGGGAGGGCACUGCUGUCGCUCCGGCCGGCUGCCAAUACCAUCACUUCAUCAAGAUGAGUAAUAGUCACCCACUCCGUCCUUACACAGCUGUGGGGGAAAUUGACCAUGUUCACAUUUUGUCAGAGAAUGUUGGCGCUCUGAUGAAUGGGGAGGAGUAUAGUGAUGUUACCUUUAUUGUAGAAAAGAAACGUUUUCCUGCACAUAGAGUGAUUCUGGCUGCUAGAUGCCAUUAUUUCAGAGCAUUAUUAUAUGGUGGAAUGAGAGAAUCUCAGCCUGAAGCAGAAAUCCCUCUUCAGGAUACCACUGCAGAAGCAUUUACAAUGCUGCUGAAAUAUAUAUACACAGGCCGUGCUACAUUAAGAGAUGAGAAGGAAGAGGUACUCCUGGAUUUCCUGAGCCUGGCUCACAAAUAUGGAUUCCCAGAAUUGGAGGAUUCCACCUCUGAGUAUCUUUGCACCAUACUUAAUAUUCAGAAUGUUUGUAUGACCUUUGAUGUUGCGAGUCUCUACUCACUCCCUAAACUGACUUGUAUGUGCUGUAUGUUUAUGGAUAGAAAUGCUCAAGAGGUGCUCUCCAGUGAAGGCUUUCUGUCACUUUCUAAGGCUGCUCUUCUAAAUGUUGUGCUGAGGGAUUCAUUUGCAGCACCUGAGAAGGAUAUUUUCCAGGCUUUGAUGAACUGGUGUAAACAUAACCCCAAGGAGAAUCAUGCUGAAAUCAUGCAGGCAGUACGCUUACCCCUGAUGAGUCUGACAGAACUACUAAAUGUUGUAAGACCUUCUGGAUUGCUGUCGCCUGAUGCCAUUCUGGAUGCCAUUAAAGUUCGUUCUGAAAGUCGGGACAUGGACCUCAACUACAGGGGCAUGCUAAUACCAGGUGAGAACAUUGCAACUAUGAAAUAUGGAGCGCAGGUUGUAAAAGGGGAGCUGAAGUCUGCUUUGCUAGAUGGGGACACACAGAAUUACGACUUGGAUCAUGGUUUUUCCCGACACCCGAUUGAUGAUGACUGCCGUUCUGGCAUUGAAAUUAAACUAGGUCAGCCAUCGAUAAUCAACCACAUACGAAUACUACUCUGGGACAGAGAUAGCCGGUCUUAUUCCUACUACAUUGAGGUGUCCAUGGACGAGUUAGACUGGAUCCGCGUGAUCGAUCACUCUAAAUAUCUUUGUCGGUCCUGGCAGAAGCUGUAUUUUCCUGCCCGUGUCUGCAGGUACAUCCGAAUAGUUGGCACCCACAACACAGUGAACAAAGUUUUCCAUAUUGUGGCAUUUGAAUGCAUGUUUACCAACAAAACCUUCACUCUUGAGAAAGGUCUUAUAGUUCCCACUGAAAAUGUUGCAACAAUUGCAGACUGUGCCAGUGUGAUUGAGGGUGUAAGUCGAAGUCGCAAUGCCUUGUUGAAUGGAGAUACAAAGAAUUAUGACUGGGAUUCCGGGUACACGUGUCAUCAGCUAGGCAGUGGUGCUAUUGUGGUACAGCUAGCACAGCCAUUCAUGAUUGGAUCAAUACGGUUACUUCUCUGGGACUGCGAUGAUCGGAGCUAUAGUUACUACAUUGAGGUUUCCACUAAUCAGCAGCAAUGGACUAUGGUGGCUGAUCGAACAAAAGUUUCCUGCAAAUCUUGGCAAGCAAUAACUUUUGACAGACAACCUGCAUCCUUCAUCAGAAUAGUUGGAACUCACAACACAGCUAAUGAGGUGUUUCACUGUGUGCAUUUUGAGUGUCCAGCACAAAACAAUGCCCACAAGGAAGAGGGUAAUGAGGAAGUGGUGACAACAGAACUGGGCACUGGCACACAACAGAUUGUUUCUCGCCCAGUUCGAGCCUCAAGCACCAGUUCUCUGCACUCCCUCACUGGAUCCACCUCACGUACACAUGCUCACCAACCAUAA